GUUCUCCCAAUCGCGCAUAUUCUAUUCUGCAGUUACACGCAAAACACAAACCAAAGAAAACAGAAACUAUGAGCAACAACACGACGACAGCCACACAGGACCUGCCGCCCAAGGGCGGAUACUCGACUAUCCACUACGAGCGGCGUCUGCCCAAGAAGGGCCCGAGCGGUCUGGCGAUGUUCGCCAUGUGUGGUGGUAUCAUGGCGUACGGCUGGUACAAGGUGUACAAGGGUCUGGACGAGCGCCGCGAGCUGGACCGCGAGAACGCGUGGUCGCGUAUCCACCUGAUUCCGAUGCUGAUUGCCGAGGCUGACCGCGACGAGUACCGCAGGAAGGCGGCGGCGGUAGAGCGCGAGCGCGAGAUCAUGAAGGACGUUCCUGGCUGGGAGGCCGGCAAGAGCGUGUACAACGGAAAGCGCUAUGUACCGGAUGUCAUUGCCAAUGUCCCGCUGCACCAGCAGCCAGGCUUCAAGAAGGACUAAGAAUGAUCCUUAUUUUAUCACACGCUUCCUUCUACCACUAUAUAAGUAUCAUUUCAAACUCCCGAGACAUGUAUCAGGCAUUGUCGGCUAGUGUCAGCCGGAUGGCGCUGGCAGCAUUGCUCAAGG